AUGCCUUCCAGAGAAGAAAUCACCUACUUCGGUGCCGGCCCGGCCCUGCUGCCCCAGGACGUCCUCGAGACGGCCGCGCAGGCCCUGCUCAACUUCCAGGACACGGGUCUGGGCAUCGCCGAGCACUCGCACCGCUCCGAGCUAGCCACCAAGAUCAUCAACGAGGCCAAGGCCGACCUGGCGACCUACCUCGACAUCCCCGAGGACUACGAGGUGCUCUUCAUGCAGGGCGGCGGCUCCGGCGAGUUUUCCUGCGUCGUUUACAACCUCGUCGGUGCUUGGGUCGCCCGCAAGCGCCGCGCCCUCUAUGCUCGCCUCAAGAAGUCGGAGACAGAGGAGGCCAACGACCCGGCCCUCACGCAAGAGCUGCGCACCACCAUCGACCGCGAUCUCAAGCUCGACUACAUUGUCACGGGCGGCUGGUCGCAAAAGGCCGCCGCCGAGGCCGCCCGCCUGCUUGGCCCGCACCAUGUCCACGUCGUUGCCGACGGCCGUGGCGAGGACGGCAAGUUUGGCAGCAUCCCGGAUGAGUCCACUUGGAAGCUCUCCAAGGACGCCGCCGCUGUGUACUACUGCGACAACGAGACGGUCGAUGGUGUUGAGUUUCAAGGUUUCCCCAAGUCGCUAGCCCCUGGCCCGGACGGCGAGGGUCCUAUUGUUGUCGCCGACAUGUCGUCCAACAUUCUCUCGCGCCGCGUUCCUGUACGCAACUUCUCGCUCAUCUUCUUUGGCGCCCAGAAGAACCUUGGAUCGACCGGUAUUACCGUCGUCAUUAUCAAGAAGAGCCUGCUUGCGCCCAGUCUACAGCAGCCAUCGGCGACCCUGAUGCGCGCCCUGGGCCUUCCCAUUCCUCCCAUUAUUUUCUCGUACGAGACCAUUGCCAAGAACAAUAGCUUGUACAACACGUUGAGCAUUUUCGACGUCUACAUUGCCGGCCAAGUCCUAAAGAAGCUUCUCAAAGCCUACCCCGACCGCGUUGAUGGCCAGGAGCAAGUUUCCGCCAAGAAGGCCGAGCUCGUCUACGGCGCUCUCGAUGCCCAUCCUGAUGUCUACAAAGUCGUACCGCAGAAGAGCGUGCGCUCGCGCAUGAAUGUUUGCUUCCGUGUCAGCAAGGGUGGCGAGGUCGACGAGACGGAAAAGAAGUUCCUCAAAGAAGCCACCGCGCUUGGUCUGACAGGUCUCAAGGGCCAUCGCUCGGUAGGUGGUGUUCGGGCUUCGUUGUACAAUUCAAUUCCUCUGGAGGGAGCCGAGAAGCUGGCAAAAUACAUCAACGAUUUCGCCAAGGCAUGA